AUGUUGCAGUCGGUUCUUCAAACGUAUAAUGGAAAAUUGAUAAUGUUCCGCAAACUUGGAUCAUCUGGAUCAUUAUGGAAACCUAAGAACCCACAUUCGCUGGAAUAUUUGAAGUAUCUUCAAGGAGUUCUAGUGAAAAAUGAAAAAGUUACGGAUAGUAAUCGAAAGAUUCUAGUAGAAGCUUUGCGAGCAAUUGCUGAAAUUCUCAUUUGGGGCGAUCAAAACGAUGCGUCUGUCUUCGACUUUUUCCUCGAACGACAAAUGCUUUUGCAUUUUCUAAAAAUAAUGGAACAGGGUAGCGGAUCUCUCAAUGUUCAAUUACUUCAAACCCUAAACAUAUUAUUCGAAAAUAUUCGGCAUGAAACCUCCUUAUACUUUCUUUUAAGUAAUAACCAUCUGUAUGAUUGGAAUGAAAGUAUGGUUCGAAUAGCAGUUCGAAACAUUAUUUUGAAUAUCGUGAGAGUCGAAGAUGAUGCAAUGUUAGAAUUUGUGAAGGAACAUACAAAAAUAUAUUUGAGUGAAUUGGUUGACUCUCUAGUUGAUUUGAGCAUCGAUUUGGAUCUUUUUGUGAAAUCUGCUGAAAAUGUCCAAGCAAAUCGAGAAAGAUUGCGAGGAAAAGUCGAUGAUCUCAUCGAUCUCAUUCAUUAUAUUGGCGAGCUGCUCGAAGUACCAGCAAUUGCCGAAUCACUAUCAAUAUUAGUUUCCACUCGGUAUCUGAUGUCUCUUCUGCUAAACAGUUUCUCUCCUCGACGUGAUUCUCGAGCUGUCUUAUUGAAUCCUGUUUCUGCUUUAUUUUUCUUUUCAGAAAUCUUAAUGAUUGUUCGUCAUCAGCCAACAAUCCAAGCAUUUCUUUCUUCAUUCUUAUUCGAUAAUCAAUCAUCUCUCAAAUCGCAUUGGAUUCGAUCUGAUCUUUCGUACUGCCUUCAGACAUGUGAUCCACUUCCACCAGAGGCUGAUCAUCGUGUUUUCUUUGAAUCAUUGCUCAGCGCCUUUGAUGCGAGCCAGAAUGAUGACUAUGUUGCCUUUUAUGGCCUAAUGAUGAUCUAUGCAAUGUUUCAAAACAAAGCUGAUGUCGGAGAAUUGCUCGCUGCUGCUCAUUUUCCCGUUGCAAAAGCACCAACUCCUGAGAGAAAACGUUUCGAAUCAACUAGAGAUAGAGCAGUGACUGAAGUUGGAACAGAAGCGAUCGAAGAAGAGUAUCACGAUGUUGUCGAAAAGCUUGAAGAUCUUAAUACUGAUGAUCUUGACGAUGAUGUGAUUGUGACCGAACCGCAAACCCCAGUUGCUGCGACUCCCGACGGAAUGAGAUCUCGAUUCGAAUCCGCUAUCGACGACCUUCCAGAAUCGUCGCAAAUCGGAACAAUUAGUUGUGACGCCCGCUUACUUGAAGCACUUUGCUCGAUUGUGACUGCGGUUGGAAAAGAGAAUUCACGUGUUCGUCCGAUCACACUCGAACUUGCUUGCCUCGUAAUUCGGCAAAUUCUGAUGACAAUUGACGAUGAGAAGAUUCAUGCAAAACUCGCGUCGAUGUGCAGCGAAAUAUGCAAAUCGUUGAUAAACUCGAUUUCGUUGUACGUGAACACCGAAAAUCUAUUCUUGGAAUGGUUCGAAGACGAGUAUGCGGAAUUUGAAGUAAAUCAUAUAAACUUUGAUAUUAUUGGAUAUGAAAUGCUUCUUCCGCCAGCCGCAACUCCAUUGUCGGGAUUACCAUUGCACAAAAGGCUUGCCAGUGGAUUUGAAGAGAGAUUAAGAACGCAAAUAUUAUUUUAUCUGCAUGUUCGAAAAUUAGAGAGGGAUAUGACUGGAGAAUCGGACAAUGCCCUGCCUGUGAGGUUUCCAAAUGGACAAGAGCCAGUCGCUGUUGGAGAUUGCAUCAAUUCAUACAAUUCUGACAUGCUUGCGUGUACUGUAAUUCCUCAACAGCCUUGUGCACUAGGAAAAGCUGGAGAGCGUCUCUCGCGAUUUUUGGUCAGUGAUCGACUUCAACUGAUCAUUGUUGAGCCGCAUCCGACAAAAGCUGGAUGGGCUCUCGUAAGAUUUGUCGGAUUGUUGCAAGACACUCAAAUCAGCGGCGAUUCCUCGGAUAGUCGAGCCCUUCAUGUCAUUGUUGAAGGACAACCGUCACGAUUGAAAAAGCGACAAUCAGUUCUCACUGCGAAAUUCAUAUUCGACGACCAUAUUCGAUGCAUGGCUGCCAAACAGAGAUUAACGAAAGGUCGUCAAACUGCCCGAAGUCUUAAGCUCCAAGCAAUUUGUGAUGCAUUGGGAGUUGCUCGAGUUGAAACGCCGUCACCACGAAUAAAUCCGUUCAGAAUUGUGAAAGGAUGUGCACCUGGAAGUGUUCGUCAAACAGUAUCUCAACGUGUCUCCAGUGCUUCUCGAAUUCCCAAAGAUGUACCUGAUGAUCCAUCACCUACACGAAGAUCUUCUAGUCGAAAUUUAUAG